GUGGUGGUAGUAUGUAUGUAUGUAUGUUAUGACACUAAAGAUAUCAGUGUGCUAAUGUAUUAACUGGCGCCAAAAUAAUGUGUGCGUGGUUACUCAGAUGAACAUCUCGUGAAGUUACUUGCCGUAUGAAGUGUGCCCUUUGUCUUCAACUUUGAUUUUUACAUACGUCUUAUCUCUGACAUUUAGUUUACAAACGUGAGAACUAGAAACGGUCGCAAAAUUAAGGCAACAAUGCAUAUUUUCAAUUUUUUGGUUAUUGUGUGUGUAAUUUUGGUUACUAACUUACAUACGUGCCUUGUAAAAGCUCUAGAAAAGGAAAUGACAGUUAAUAUUGAUGCUGGAAGGGAAGAAUGCUUUUAUGAGAAUGUUAAAGACGGUCAACUGUUGGAGGUGGAUUAUCAGGUUAUAGACGGAGGUCAAGGAGAUCUAGAUAUAAAUUUUCGCUUAUAUGCCCCAACAGGACGUACUAUAGUGGCUGAUUAUAAGAAGGCAGAUAAUACACAUAGGAUAGUCGCUGUAGAGGCUGGAGAUUACAGAAUGUGUUGGGAUAACAAGUUCAGUACAUUUAGUAGCAAAACAGUCUUCUUUGAAAUUCUAGCUGAUUAUGAAGGCCAAGCUAGUGAUCCUUGGAAUGAUGCAUUGGAAAAUUAUGAAGGCUUGAGUCCGGAAGAAGUAUAUGAUGUUGAAGCUCAAUCUAUAGAGGAAAUAAUACUCAGAGUUCGCUCAAAUCUAAAGAAGGUGCAGCAUCUCCAAGAACAAACUCGUGCAUUUGAAGCAAGGGAUCGAAAUGUAGCAGAGAGCAAUUAUGUUCGUGUAAAUGUUUGGUCUGUUAUACAGAUUAUUGUAAUGCUUGUGGUUGGAUUUAUUCAGGUUGUUAUGGUGAAGAGCCUCUUUGAUGACAAAUCCUGCCUACAUCAAAUAUGGAAAAAGGUUUAUUCUUCUUGAAUUUUGUGCUUUCCAUGUGUGCUGCUCCAACAUUUCUUUUGGUUUUUAGUCUAUGGAACAUGCAGUCUGUGUAGCAGUUUGAUGUGGACUUCAGGAUCUUAAUGUGAAGACUGCAGAUCAAUUAUAUUUGAGUUAUCAGUUGAACUGAAUUUGGUUGAAAGAAAGAGUUGGAGUACUAUUAAGAGACAUAGUGAAGGCCCUUAAUUCCUAGUGUAUCAAUGCCACAAGUAGGUGGGACAAAUGUCCACCUUAAAAGAUACAACCAGAUGUUCAAUGUUAUUAAUAAGAAAUGCAUUCAUAAAAUGCAACAUUUUAGAUUGGUUGUUUGUCAUUUUUUGUCUUCAAGUAUCAGCAGAUUUAAUGUGUAUGUAAGACUAAAUGCAUUGUAAAAUUCGUAUCUGAACUUUAAUUAAUUGUGUUUGUAAUACUCCAGUAUGUUGUUUGGAAACCACUGCUAUUUCCACUAUAUGUUUGUAAAAAUAGUGUUUUCAUUUGAAGCAGCUAAGAAGUACUGGUAGAUUGGAGAUAGGUCAUGUACCUAGGUACCUCAUUGCCUCUGAAAGCUGAGACUCUGUGUUCAACUUACAAUCUGACACACAGUAUGAAUCUGCCAGGAAGUGUCGUAAGUGAAUAGAUUGAACUGCAGCAUGUUUUGUCUGUGUGUAGUGUUGUAGUGUAGUGUCACUUUGUGUAAGUUGUUUUAACAGCUUCCUCUUAACAUGACGCCAUAUCAAAAAAUCUGAUGAACAAACAAUAGGUUUACUGUCUGAUUAAAAGUAGUUACGUAUCGAUGCACUCAUUUUAUUUCACAUUUCUCUUUAUUUUCACUCAGAGUUCACAGGGUGUUACUUUUAAACUGUAUCAGAAGCCUCAUAGAGAAGGUGAUUUCAGGAUACAUGAAUACUCAUCUCUGGGAAGAUUUUCCUGAACUCAAGUUAACUGAAGUGGACAUUAUGUAAUGAAAUGUUGGCAUCAAAAUGUCUUCUGUAUUGAUUAACCUUUUAUUGUUUUUGUUUGUUUGUGUGCGUGUGUGCAGACUGUCAUCUAGAUGCACAAAUACAACUUCAGUGACAGGGUAGUGGAUGAUGAGUGUUGCGUUCUGCAGAUAUGACUGAGUAUUAUUGGCUGCCAAUGAUUAUCCAGAGUGCAGUAUAUUAUGUAUGUCUUCCAUAUUCAGUGUCACCUAGUUAUAGCAAAUAGUGCCAAGAUGAUAGUAUUUGUUUUGUGGCAGAAUGUGCAGCAUAUUGACAAUGCCUAUAAUAGUUACGGAUUCCCUCUGUAAAUCUGUUCAACAAGCUCAUUUAUGGCAUUUAAGGAUUAACAAAGACAUAGAGUUAAGUUAUCUACAUAACAUAUUGCACUAAACAUGACUAGAAAUCCUAGAAUGCUGAGUGAUGCAUAUAUAGGUCUUCCAGAGGGCAAGAUCUGUAUCUAUAUAGAAAAUAUAAUUGUUCUGAUAUUUUAGUGGUUCUAGUUUUAGAAUUCCAGAGUGUGAUGCUCAGUAUUUAAGCAACAAGGUACAUACAUUUUUUCCACUUAUUUAGGUGGUAGAUUCCAAUGUUUGUUCUCAUAGGGGUGAGUUAUAGUUAAUAUCACCCUCCAGUUUCUGUUAUAACUGCAGUGAUGUGCAGAAUGGUGCUUGUUUUUAUAAACAUCUGCUUCUUUGCAGUUUUGUGUUGCCUCAACAUGGUUAUUUUUGGUGCUGUUUUGGUAAUGGCCUCAUUUACUUGCUGGUUACAGUACACUUCUGGGUGUAAGUGGUUCUUAAAAUUUGUUUUGGAAGAACUUCUGUGAAUGAUUUCCCCCCAAAAAAUUAUUUCCAGCUGAUAUGCCACAUUGUACAGAUAAUCUUACUGAGGAUGUGGCUUCUCCAAGAAAAAAAUAUGUUGCUAAUGAUAUUCUUGAAAAUUUUAUAUUUGGUUGACUGCCUAGAUGUUAAUCUUCCUGAAAAUGCAUAUUUUAGCUCUUGCAGCAUUAUUUUCUUGAGGAUCUUGCACUUCUCCAAAAUAUUGCUCUUCGUAUCAUUUUUCAUUGUAGGGGAAAUGUAUGUGUUUAAGUCAUCUCUCUUUUGACUAGUUCGAUAUGGCUGCCACAAAUUCCUCUCCUUGCCAGCCUCCUAAUUUCAGAGUAGCUCUUGUAUCCAAUGUCCUCAAUAAUUCAUUGGAUUUAUUCUAGUUCCUGUCUUCCCAUACAGUUUUUACCAUCUACGGAUCCCACUAGUACAAUGGAUGUCUUUAACACAAGUCCUAUCAUCCUGUUUUGUCUUCUUUUCAGUAUUUUCCAUAUAUUCAUUUCUUUGUCAUUUCUAUGGAGGACUUUCUUAUUCCUUAUCUAUAAGGCCGCCUAAUUUUCAACAUUCUUCUGUAGCUCCAUACCCAAUAUGCUUCAAUUCAUUUGUGUUCCAGUUUUUCACAGUCCAUGAUUCAUUACCUGCUCCACACGUACAUUCUCAGAAAUUUCUUCCUCAAAUGUGUAUGUUGAUGCUAACAGACAUUUUUUAGCCAUCAACCUCCUCUUUGCAUGUGUUAGUUUGUUCUUUAUGUCAACUUUGCUUUGCCUAUCAUGGAUUAUUUCGCUUCCAAGAUAGCUUUGUCUACUUGACGAUACCAGUUUUGAUGUUAAGCUUCUCACUGUUUUUAUUUCUCUGCUACGUCUCGUUACUUUCUUCAAUUUACUCAUAAUCCUUAUUGUGUACACAUUAGACUGCUCAUUCCAUUCAACAGAUUCUGUAAAUCUUCUUCACCUUCACUGAGGAUAACAAUGAUGUCAGUAAAUUUUAUCACUGAUAUCAGUCAAAGAAUCUUAUCAUCCAUAUCCUUUAACCCUGAAUUUUAAUCUUACUGUUGAAACUUUGUUUUUGUUUCCAGCACUGUUUUUUCUGUACAUAGACUAAACCAGGUCUUUUCAACCUUUUCAGCUGGUGGACCCCUUCUUCAGUCGAAAGCCCAUGGCGGACCCCUAGUCUGUUCCCAAUGACACCCCCCUCCCCACUCCCCCAAAGUAUCAGUAGUGUUUGGUUUAGAGAUGAAUGAAAACAACUUGAAGGUCAAAAAUCGACUUAUGAAAUAGGUAGUGCACUGACAAAGCAAGUUUAAUAUUUAAUGAUGCCUGGGACUUCGUACGUGCCAGCAAGUGCUGUGAUUGGUUGACAAAGCUCGCUCCGCGCAUGCGUAAAAGGUUUCAGCGCAUCUACCGCUGUGAGCCGGCGCACAAACAACCCCCGUAUUGUUGCGAAACAAUCGAUCAGAGAAGCCGCAUUCUCUGGCACUAAACUGUGUAUGCGUUCUCACUUAGGAACCGCAAAGGCUGCUUGGGAAUAUGACCUGAAGUAAAAGAACACAUUUUUUUACACAAAAAAAAUAGUGAUGAAUUUGAUUUUCACAUUUUUAUUCAAUAAUUUUAUUCAUUAUUUUACGCGAUUUGGUGAAGGGUGGCCGCGGACCCCCUAGAAAGAGCCGGCGGACCCUUAAGGGGUCCGCGGACCACACGUUGGGAAGCCCUGGACUAAACAGUAGGGACAAAAGACUGCACACCUUUAAUCUGAGCACUUUGUUCUUAGUUUUGUAAUCUUAUUGUCUUAUCUUGGUUCUUGUACAGAAUGUGUAUUACCCAGCAUUCCCUAUACCUUACCCAUAUUUUUUCAGAAUUUUGAACAUCUUGCACCAUUUUACAUUUUGAAACACUUUUCCAUUUCAACAGAUCCUAUGAUCCUGUCUUGAUUUUUAUUCUGUCUUGCAUUCGUUAUCAAUUGCAAUGGCAGGACUUCUUCUCUUGUGGCUUUACCUUUCCUAAAGCCAAACUGAUCAUUGUGUAACAAAUCCUCGAUUCUCUCUUAUCCAUUCAUCUGCAUAUUAUUCUUGUCAGCAACUUGGGAUUCAUGAGCUGACAGCAAUAAUUCACACUUACACCUGCUCUUACUAUCAAUGGAAUUGUCUGGAUGAUGUUUUCUGAUGGUAUAUCAUCUGUCUCAUCAACUCUUCACACUAACUUGAAUAAAUGUUUGGUUGCUGCUUCCCCAGUGAUUUUGGUAAUUGCAAUGUAAUAUUGGCUAUCUCUUCUGCUGUAUUUGAUCUUAAGUCUUCCACAGCACUUUUAAAUUCGGGCUCUAAUACUGAAUCCCCUAUUUCUUCCAUAUAUUCUAUGAAAUCAUCAGGCAGUGCCACUGCCAUAUAGGCCUUUAGUGUAUUCAUUCAACCUAUCAACUCUCCUCUGCACUUAACAGUGGUGCUCCCAUUGUACUCUUAAUAUUGCCACCCUUGCUUUUCAUUUCACCAAAGGCUGUUUUGACUUCUCUAUAUGCUGCAUCAGUUCUUCAAAUGACCAUUUCUUUUUCGAUUUCUUCACACUUUUGCUGCAGCCGUUUCACCUUGGCUUCUGUGCACUUCCUAUUUAUUUCAUUCCUAAUUUAUUUGUACUUCUGUGUUCCUGUCUUUCCCCGAAUAUUUUUAUAUUUCUCUCUUUCAUCGAUCAGUUGAAGUAUUUCUCCUGUUACUCAAGAUUUCUUCACAGUUACCUUCUGAGUAUCUAUGUUUGUCCAACCUUUGUGAUCUCUCUGAGUUGUCCACUCCUCUUCAAUUGAACUGUGUACUGUGGUUUUCCGUAUUGCAUUAUCCAUGUGUUUAGUGAACUUCAGACUCAUCUCAUUAUUCCCCUGUAAGUUAGUAUCCCACUUUCUUCCACUCUGAUUCUUCCAGAUGAUUCUCUUAGACUUCAAUUUACUCUUCAUCUUUACUAAAUUGUGUUGUGAAUUUAUACCUGCUCUUGGAUAUGCCUUACAAUCCAAUAUCUGAUUUCGGAAUCUUUCUCUGACCAUGAUGUAAUCCAUCUGGAAUCUUCCAAUGUCUCCAGGCCUCUUCCAAGUAAACCUCUUCCUCUUGUGAUGGUUGAACAGGGUAUUCACUAUUACUAACUGAAAUUUAUUGCAGUCCUCAACUGAUCUUUCUCCCCUCUCCUUGCUACUACCAAGUCCAUAUUGCCCUAUAACUCUUUUCUUCUACUACUACUCCUGCAAUCACAUUCCAAUCCCACAUGACUAUUAGAUUAUUACCUCACUUUACAUGCUGAAUUUGACAAGGCCAUUGGCAGAAUGAGGGUGACUUCUUAUGCUGGAAGUCUUUGGUCACUUACAGCUGAUUUUUAUUCAAAACAUGGGGGAUGUUUUGAUUAUUAGUGAAGGAUGCUCCCUCUUGACUUAACGGUAACUUAGAUGUAUUUGUUCACUUUGUUAGUUUAUUGCCAGGGCUCAGAAGGUCAAGAGAUCUGUUCCUUUUGAUUUUAGCUUUACCACCUAUUGUUCAAAAGACUGUGUUAGACACAUUUUCUUGUCUCCUGUUGAUAAUUUAGUGUCUUGUUGAGUAAAUUUAUGAACAAACAGUCCUGCAGGCAUCACAAAUCAUUUCACUUCAUAGUUACAUCCAGUUCUCUUACACUUAACUGUAUCAGCUUAAAAUGUAUUCUGAUUUGUUUUGGAAAUAUUACGUGCAACAUUAACUUUGGAAAUAAGGAAUCCACUGAUUGGAAGAGAAAUAGUGGAUGAUAAAUGCAAAUGUAUGUUUACAUAAUCAUUCCAUCCCCCUGAAUUCAUCACCUCUACUUGAACUCAUUACAUCCACCUGAAUUCAUCACAUCAGUUUUAUCAGCAAGUUUUUCACAAAAGCAUAGUCUCACAUCAUGACAGGAAAUGAAAGCUGGUUCUUCCUGCCAACUUACAGACAUGUGGCACAUAAAUUUUGUGUUGAAGUUUCACUUAAACAGUACCAUUUGCAGUGUUCUAGAUAUAGAUGUGUGUAGUAGUUGUGAACAGUCCACAUUCUGUUGUGAUGUUGGGUAAUAACAAACCAGUUGGACUCAUGUAUUCAUAUUUAUAAGCAGCAGGAUUCAAAUUCCUGAUCAUCCUGGUGUAUAUUUUCUGUUUACCUAAAUUACUGCAGUUGAACACUAGAGUGCUUUUUCAUGAACUACAUGACUGAUUUCCUUCAUUAUCCUUGUGCAGUCGAGCUAGUAGUCAGUUUCUGAUGAUGUCAGUGUUGAUAGAAUGUUAACCUGUAACCUACCUACAUUCUUCCAUUCACAGAGCUGUUGUGGGUAACUCUUCUUGAAUUGCAGUAUUUCUCUAUGUUCCAGAAUAGUGUCCCUGAAAAUGUGCAGCCUUUGCACAUCAUGCAUGACAGUUUUUAUAGUUAAAUUAUUUUGUCCGUAUUAUCUCCAUAAACUGUAUUUCCAUUUCUCACCGUUUUCAUUGACAGUUUAAUUUCUUUCAUUUCAGUUCUUUCAUUUGUUGUUACUUCAUAUCUGUUGUACUUGCAGCAGAAAAAACUUGAAGCAUUGGCUCUAAAAGUAAGUAUACAUUUUGGUGGACAGAUAAUCUUUUCAGAAAUAAAAAGUCUUCAUGAAUAGUGAAGCAAUCAUGUGAUAGUAGUUGUCAUUAUUACCCAGUUCUUUGUGGAGUCAGUCAUGCAUGACGCACACAAACCUGUGUAAAUGAUAAUUCUACAUGUAUCCAUCUGAAAAGUUAGAGUAUGCUGUUUAAAUGUGCAUAAUAAUAUUGAUUAGUCAGGCACCUCAAAUGUGUAGGAUUAAUUUAUGCUAAUUAUUUAUGUAAAGUCUGCUUUGUUAUUAUUUUGCCUCGGUAAAUUUUAUGGUCUUCAUUGAAAUUUUUUGUUUCACUUUCUUGUGUUUUCAUGACAGUUCAGUAAUUGUAUUUAUAUCUUUUUAUAACAACUUCAAAAAUAGUGACAUUGUAAGUGAAUAUCAGUAAAUUAUAAAUGUUAAUGUUUUAAUCGUAAGAUAGUCCCUGUACUGUUUAUAUCCAUUACUCAUAUUGUUAAAAUAAGAAUCUAUUUAUGGAGGACUCAGUUCUGCACCCACUGUAUGCUGGACCAAUGUCAAAAUUUGCACCUACCUUGAAAGAAAUGUUUGUUAUGUAAAGGAAUGUCCAUUGUUAGAGCAAUGGUGUACUAAAUGACUUCUGGUAGACAUUAUCUAGUUUCACCAGCGAAAAUGAUGAUCUCAGUCAGUAAAGUUUUAAGUGAUUAAGUAUAGGAGGAAGUCACAUGCACAGUAGAAUCACCAGGUCUUUAAAUCCGUUUAUUAAUGUUGUUAUUUGUUGACAUAGUUUUGGAAUUUAUAAUUUUGUAUAUGGAAUGAUGUCAUAGCUUGUUGCAAAUUUUUUUGUGCUAGUUGACAUCUAGCUCACUUGCAAGAGUGCUAUCAGUGCCAUUGAAACUUAUUUCUUUUUUAAAAUAUUACAAGACAGACAUUCUCAUUGUGCAAAUUAUCCUUGCCUUUAUCAUUGGCAGUAGUUGGUUUGAUCCAUACCAACUACCAAAGCAAGGCCAGAUUAUUUAAUACAUACACAUUUAAGAAUACUUUUGAAGCUUUCUCAGUGUGAUUGGUUGAUGGUUUGAAACAUUUAGGGAAUCAUCAAAUUAUUAGAAUUCUGGAAAUGAACCAUUCAAAUGCAAGGCUGUUUGUUGUUAAGUGCAAUGAUCUGAAAUCAGUAACCUCAUUAGGCUUGGGAAUUUUGAAGAAGAGUUAUUAACAAGCAUGUUAAUUAUUUGACUUUAUCUUGCCGCACACAUUUGUGGGAUAGCCUUUUGAAUGGUUAACACCUGACUCAAAUGAUAGUAUUGUGAUUGCCACAACAAAACAUUUGUUUUGUGUGGAUUGGUUCAUAACUUGACUUUUAAGUGGAAUUGUGGAAUUAUAAUAACUGCCAUUGCAACGUUGUUGCCCAUACUGCAUAUUAUAGCAUAUGGCAGUAAGAAUAAAUGUACUUUGUAUAUAAGUUUGUGAGAUGUAAAAUCUGUGAACUGAAUGUAGUGAGAAGCAGAAAAUGUGUAGUGACUUUCAGGGAGCUUCGUACUUUAUAAGCAGAACACAUCAGUGGGUAUUGCUGUGAUAUAUUUUGUGAUGUAUGAGGCACAAGCUGACCUGUAUUUUAGGGGUUGUCGGAUUUAUGAAAAUUAACCACCAAAUGAGAAGCUCAUUAGUUUGGAGACAGUGUGUUCAUUCACUGGAAUUUGUUUUCCUUUCUCUUGCCAAUAUUAAAUGUCAUUUAAAAUGACAGAGAUACUACAAUUAAGACUGAAAGAAUAGUUAAUAACUGCAGAUCUUUUAUUUCAAAGAGAUAACAGAUUGAUAGUAUGAUUUGUAUGCUACUGCCUAUCAUAAAAGUAGCUAUUUAAUUUAUUUGCUAGUCAUGUAAUUUUGUUUACCAAUAACUGUGUUUUUAUUUUCCUGUAUUUACAUAUGGCCAGUGUAAUAUAUGACUGUAACAGAAUGGUAUUGUCUUAUUAUUUAUAUUCUGAGAACACCAGGACUCAGGAAUACCACAUAUAAACAGCUUUGUAUCUUGCAAAUUUGAAAGUCUCUCUCUCUCUCUCUCUCUCUCUCUCUCUCUCUAUCUCUCUCUCUCUCUCUCUCUGGUGAUGAUAAUUUUAGUGUACGUGUAGUGUUCAACAUUUUGAGUUAAUGUCAGAUCAUAUAUAAAUGAUAAAUGUAGCACUGCAGUAUAAGCUUUAUAGUCUUUACCACAUUUGCUCAGAAAUGUAUGUAGCUGUGCCCUCACCAUAAAAUACACUAUGAGGUACUAUAGACUUUUUAAUUCAGUUUAUUAAUUUUUACUUCCUUACCCAUUAUUGAUUUAUUAACUCUUUUGACAAUGUAAGUUUGAGUUGAACUAGCUGCAUCAUUUUAUUGAGGUUGCAGUAUGGGUAGUGGCUUGUAAAUGGUAACAACAUUUUUUUAAAAAUUUUGUUGGAUGUUGUCUUUUCACCUUGUUUUUCAUAACUACAGCAGAAAAGAUAGCUCUUUUUACAAAGGAGAUCUAUCCUAUAACAUGAAAAUAUUAUCUGUUGGAAUGUUAGUGGUUUGUUUAUCUUGUUUGUUGGAGAUUUAAUUUUUGCCAUUGACAGUACUCACUCCAAAAUGCAUUUUUCACAAACAAAAGUAGCUCUUUUGAAUAGCAGAGGAAAUUUCUUAAUGCCCCUUUGAAUGCACUAUAUGAUUCAUUCUAGAAAACAAACUAAUGUCUGGUUGCUAGUAAUGCAAACAAAAAAUUCUAAUGUAACUAUAGAGGCUUAGUCCUCAAAACAUGGUUGUUUGAUAUCAAUUUGUAAAUGUGUACAGUUAGUUGUAUUUCUCAGGUAUUCCCUUGUUGACAAGGAAUUGAGAAAAGUCAGGGAAAAUCAAAUUAUAAACAAGAUGAUAUGUGAAGUAGGGGUUGACAAAAUGGAUAUUGGAUAUAUACUGUUUUUUAGCUUAAAAUAUUCAUCAACUUUGGUAAUUAGAAUAAUGUUGAGCUAUUGGUUAAUUAAAUUUUUACCAUCACAAAGAUCAGUUCCUUGUCUUCUGUUGUGGGAAUUUUGCUGUGUAAGAGAAGUAAGUUCAUUGGUUAGCUGUAUGUUUUUGAAACUUUUCCACAUCAUUCUUUUCAAAUAGUGUCAAUUAAAAUGAUGAGAAGGGAAAGAAGUAAGACACAGAAUUCCAUACACGUUAUUCUGACCAUGAGUUUUGUGUGAAUCAAUACAAUUUGAUCUAGAUAUUGCUACUAUUGAGCUAACAUAAACAGAGGAAAAAUGCAACAAUUACUUUGGCUGAUUUUGCAGGUGGUACAAAUAUAUUUUAAUUAGUGAAGAAAUAAUUUGCCUCCUUCCUGUAGCUUCCAGCCCUUAUUUAAUUAUUGCCAUUGACAGUACUCACUCCAAAAUGCAUUUUUCACAAACAGAAGUAGCUCUUGUGAAUAGCCUCAUAUUAGUGUAUCAGAGCAAAUGCUAGGAGACGUCUAUUGCAUUACGAAAAUCAAAUCAUAGUCAGAAGCCAUUACUUGAAUACAGAAUAGCAGUGAUACUGAAAUGCUGCUUGGGCAGCAGCAGCAGCAGCCAUGUGUCAUGCACUGUUGGAUAAAGGCUUCUUCUAUACUUCUCCAUACAUUUUGGCCUACAACCAUAUUAUUCUCACUUGGUUUAUAGUAAUGUCUAGUCACCUUCUAAUAGGUUGUUAACACUGUCUUUCAUAUUUUGUGGCAUCUUACAAAUUAUUUCCUUGAAUCAGAUGGAUGUGUGCCAUGCCCACUUGAACUUUAUUUUGAGUGAAGUCGUGUCGUCCCAUCCAGUUUCUUUUUCCCUGCUCCAUGUUUCUUGUCUCCUCUAGCAUUUCUCAUCUUGCAUUUGUGUUGCUCAGUGGAGAACGGUAAGUUUGUAAUGGUUUUUGCAUUGAAAGCCGUGUCUUAUUGCAUUAAGUCAACAUUACUGCUAUACAACUAUUGUAGAUUUUCCAUUCCAGGGAAAUAUCUGUCUAGUUUAGCACCCUUAUGCCAGUUAUGGUCUUCCAUUUGAUUUAUUUCUAUUUCCAUCUGUUCUCAGUCUUCAACUGACCAAAGCACAAAAAUUCACUGGCUUGUUCUUUGAUGUCAUUGUUUCUUUGUUUUCUUUUCUUUUUUAUGUGUUGAUGAAACAUUACCUGAACCUUAUUGUGAUUGAAUUUUGAGCCUCCUUUCAAACAUGUUCUAUUAAGCUUUUUGUUUGAAGUUUAUCUGUACUAGAGACAUACAGUAGGGUACAAUUCAGCAGAAGAAAAGUACUACAGGCAUGUUCAGUCCUUAUGCCAGUUUAGGGAUCUGAAAACCUCAGCGAGGGCCAGUGGUACUGUGUGUGUGUGUGUGUGUGUGUGUGUGAGAGAGAGAGAGAGAGAGAGAGAGAGAGAGAGAGGGGGGGGGGGAGAGAGAGAGAGGGAGAGGGGGGGGGGGUGGAUGCAUGCAUGUGAGCUUACCUCUUAAUCAUGUCUUUGAGAAGAGGAAUAUGAAAGGACAAGGAAUAAUGCAUCCUGGGAAUGAGUGAGUACAUACAAUGUGAAUAAAAGAUUUUUCUAUGUAGUAAUCUUUGUGUAUUUUCAUGCAGUGCUUUUGUGCUAGGCUGUGGAAAGCAAUGAAUUGAAUAGAAGCAGUUGUCAAUAUUUAUACAUACAAAAAGAUCAAAUUGUGUUGUUAUUAUGAUUGGCUUAUAUUAACUGCAUUUGACAUUUUGUGGUUGUAUUCAGUUUUUUGUUCUGCAGCAAUCAGUUUUAGGUUCCUUGUGUAGUAUUUAAAAGGAAACUAUUAUUAGUUUGUCAGUUGACAUCAAACAAAUCGUUUUUAACUAACAGAAAGACUUACUGUUAUAAUUUUGAAACUGAAUAUUUUGAUUGAAAAGGUGCAUUAUCAAGGGUAUCAGAACAUUUAUUUUAGUUAAAAAAUAAAUUCAAAGGGAGCGCUAGUUUGGAACAAAAAUGGUACUACUUUCAGUAAGAUAUUAAAGUGUAAGUUCGCAAACUGAAUGAAAGCAAAAAAACAAUAUCAGUUCCUUAGCCAGUGAAAUUAAGUGAACUGUCUUUUAAGUUGGCAGUUUAGAGAAAAUGUGUGGAUGACAAAGAUGUUAGUGACUGGUUAAGAAAAAUGAUGUAAAAAUAUCAGGAGUUUCAAAAUUUAUAUAAUGUCAUCAACUUUUAUAACUAGUUAUAAAAGGUGAAAGUUGCAGUUCAGUGGAACCUCAGACUAAUUAUUUCAUUAUAUACUUUGUUUCUAAAAUGUAUAUUUGAUUCUUUGACAAUGUAUUUUCAGCAGGUAACAUUGGAACUGUUCUAUUUUCCAAAUUCCUUCAUCUUUAAUAAGAAGCUAUGACAGUGGAACAAAUACAUAAAAAAUUAGUUUUAUAAAUUUACCUUUCAAAUGUUGAUAUCUCUGGUUUUAGUCUUUCAUUUAGUCAUUCAGUUUGCUGCCAUAACUUUAUAAUGUUUACAGUAAUUCAGUGUCUUGCAAAUAUAUAAGGUGUGGUACAAUAAUUCUGUAUUAUCCUAGACAUGUUUAUCACCUUUUCACUUAAAAAUGGGACUGUGUGAAUCUGAUAAUGUUAAGUUCUCUGGUUUAACUUCAUUGGUAAGAGUGAUGGCAAAUGAAAUUUAUUGUGUGGAGUAACCCAAGUCUUCAGGUAUAAAAGUAUAGUGUGGCUUUCACUAACCAUAUUAUUCACUGGAGCAUUGGUGCAGAGUCAGUAGUUUAUUUUAUGAGGUAUGCUAGUGUAUGUGUGAGGGGGGUGAUGUGCACAUGCACAUCUUAAAUUCUGUGUACACUUCCACUUGCAAAAUGUAUGAUAACAAGUGUUUUCUGUUACAAACCUCAGAUAAUGCACCUGUCAGUUAUUGGUGCAGAGAGAGAGCAAUAAGUAAUGUAGAAACUUCUCCAAAGUUUAUACUGUGACAAGCUACUAUAAUUUUUAAUGCUAAUAUCCGAUGAACAGACAUAAGUGUACUGCCAAAUUAACUAAAAAUAAUAUACAUCACUUAAACAUUGUAGAACUGUGUUUUAUGUGUUGAUUGAUGAAAUGUUCAUUGGCUGUUAAUAGUACACAAGUGUCAUUUAAAUAUUUUAUGGCUAUACGUGAGUGUAUAUUAUACUCUGGAAACAUGGAAAAAUAAUUAAAACAGCAAACAGAACUAAUUGGAUAUUGUUUUGGUUGUGCUCAUUACCAUUGUGAAGUAGUGUAAUAUCUUAGACAUUACCUGUUGUUGGUCUUGUGUGUUCAAGCUAUUGAGGACACUGAAGUACUACUACUACCACUACUACUACUACUGCUGCUGCUGCUGCUGCUGCUUCUGAUACUAUUUUCAUCAUGAAAUUUAAAAUUUAUUUUUAAAACAGUUGCUGUUUGUAAUUAUCAUUGAAGACUAUCCUUUCUUUCCUUGCGAAUGUAGUGGUUAAUAUGUAUCACUUUGUUAUAAUUUAUGCUAUUUGGAUGUUGAGAUGUGAGAGGAAUCUAUCAUGUAAAUGGAUAUCGUUACGUAAAUGUGAAUAUAUCAUGAAGUGUUACACUGAUUCAGUGUACCAUCAUGCACUUUUGAAAACAUAAGUACAUGAAAAUGUGAGGUGGAUGUGUGUUGUGAAUUAUUAGUAUGCUGUUAUUUCCUGUAUAUUGACACAAAAGUGUGUUGUUGAAUCAAAGUGAGAUCUUUUAUGCACAAAAAAGAAUAACAAAGUAAAACAGAAAUGAUCUUGUGUGAUUUUUGUAAAUAUCUAGUCAGAAUAAAUGAAUAAGCACAAUAUCAGGGCUGCUGGUACACACACACAAAUAAUUUUUGUUCACAGUCAUCUGAAAUUGUAUUUGUAGCAUUUUUAUUGAAUGAGAGUGUGUGUCCAUGCCUGUUUUCACCUGUUAUUUCCUGUUUUACAACUGUUAUGAAUACCUGACUAGGGCACUCUGUGAUUUUUUGUAAUACUGUGUAUUUUUCCUAUAUUGUACAGUGUUGUACCGCAAAAGGCUUUAAAAUAAAAUAGUCUCUCAUUUAUUAUUCA